AUGUAUAAAGCAGAGGCGGGAUUGCAGGGAAACGGGUGUAUUGUUGCAGGAGAUCAGGUCGAAAUUGUUCCACCAGGAAAGGGCACCGAGGGUGAAAACAAGAAGGAAAACAUCGUGAAGAAGGUAGUUGAAGAGAUCUUUGCAGUAAAAAAAGAUCCGGAAAGAAGGCGGGCUGCCAAGAGGCCUCUGGGGGAAGAGUCAGGAAACAAAGAAGCAGAGAAAGAGAAAAAGCCAAACAAAGCCAUACCGUGCGAAAUAAACGCUGCACCGAGUAGAAUAUCCACUCAGUGA